UCAACUGAUAUUGACAAACAAAUGUGAACAAAUUCACUGAUUUUCUGUUUUCUGUAUUGCGUUUUUUAAUGUUCUAAAAAUUCAGAAAUUUGGUUUGGAUAUCUUCAUAUUUCGACUACAAAUUAUUUGAGUGUGAUGUAAACUUGGAACUAAUCAUAAAACGAAAAAAAUGACUUCGACUGACCACAGUUUCCGUCACAGCAAACAUUCCAUACCAAUUGAUAUUUUGGAUGACCUCUGCAGCCGAUUCAUAAUCAACUUGCCCCCAGAAGACCGGGGCAAUCUGGUCAGGAUCUGCUUUCAAAUAGAGCUGGCCCACUGGUUCUACCUGGACUACUACUGCACCGAUGAGUCCACACGACUCAACCCUUGCGGGAUUAGAGAGUUUGCAGCUCAUAUAUUUCAGCACGUCCCCCAACUCAGAGAGCACAUAAGAAACCUUGACGAAGUUCUAGACAACUGGCGAGAAUAUAAGCAGACAGUACCAACAUACGGAGCCAUCCUACUGGACAGCGACCUGACCCAUGUGCUGCUGGUGCAGUCCUAUUGGACCAAGGCUUCUUGGGGCUUCCCCAAAGGCAAGGUCAAUGAAGAUGAGGAGCCGUGGAAAUGUGCUGCUAGAGAAGUGCUCGAGGAAACAGGCUUUGAUAUCACAGGCCUGAUAAACAAACAAGACUACGUCGAAGCAUUAAUCCACGACCAAAUAGUUCGCCUUUACAUAAUUGGCUACAUACCGCGCGACACGAAGUUUCAACCGAGGACUAGGAAUGAGAUAAAAGCCUGCGAGUGGUUUCCCAUAGCAGACCUACCCGCAAAUAGGAAAGACAUGACUCCCAAAGUCAAAAUGGGCGUCGGCCCAAACGCGUUUUUCAUGGUGUUGCCAUUCGUCAAACGCAUGCGACGCUGGGUUUCGGAACGGAAGCAAAAAGUUUUUAAACGAACGCGCCACAAAUCGAUGGGAGAAAUCGAAUCGGUCAAGGGAAAAAAUAAAUCCAUUUCUCAAGGUUUAGAGAACGAGAUACACGACUACCAACAGAGUUCUGAACAUAAAUAUAACAAAAGUCAUGGUAAUAAUUCGCAUACAAAGAAUGGCAACACUGCUAACGAGAAAAGAAAGGGCGGGAAAAUGGCCAAACGUCAACUCUUUACACCACAAAAUACGCGUACAACCAAUUUGUCGCCGGAGAAUAAAGAUAAUGAGGGUGAAGGUCCAACAAAUGAGGGGGAAGAAAAUAAUUCGUAUGUAAUGAACUUUGUCGCACCGUCGUGGGCUAAUUUCAGAUUUGACAGGCGCGCCAUCUUGGAUUGCCUGUCUUGAGCAAAAGGGGUCUUAGUAUUAGAAUGGAUCUCAAGUUUUAAAGUAUAGUGUGCGCAAAAUAAGCAGUCUAAUCUGAAGUUGUAAAAUGACGGUUUGCGCCGGUCUUUGGCUAAAGAAUAAAUCGAAACCUCUACAACUGCCGAUAGAUAGCGCUAGUUGUAUAUAGUAAAAUUGACUUUCUAAAGCUUGGUAUUGGUAAUUUUCUCCUCUUUCAUUUGAUAUCUCACUCAAUACGAUAGCAAAAAAAAUUAAUUUACACCUGAUUCAUCAAAAUCGACUCAGUAGUCUGGGCGCUACGGUGGAACACAUAUACAAACUUACAUAUAUAGACUGUCAAAAUCAUAACGCUUUUGGCCUUGCCGUAGUCGGGUAAUAAAUAAAAA